CAGAACUUUUAGAGGGCGUGCCACGAUAAUACUUAAUUAUUCAAGCAGAAAAGAAACCCUACACCUCUAUUGAUUAAGCCGCAGCUCUUGGCCAUUUCUCCAUUCCUUGCUCGUUUCCAAAGCCCAAAAAGAAAGAGGAUAGAAAAUGUCAGUCGGAGAGCUCGCUUGCACCUACGCCGCCUUGAUUCUUCACGAUGAUGGCAUCGCCGUUACUGCAGAGAAAAUCGCCACGCUGGUGAAGGCCGCGAACCUGACAGUCGAGUCGUACUGGCCGAGCCUUUUUGCUAAGCUUUGCGAGAAGAAGAACAUCGAGGAUCUCAUCGUCAACGUCGGCGCUGGUGGCGGUGGCGCCGCCGUCGCGGUUGCUGCUCCUGCCGGUGGUGCCGCUGCCUCUGCUGCUCCUGUUGAAGAGGAGAAGAAGGAGGAACCUAAGGAGGAAAGCGAUGAUGACAUGGGUUUCAGCUUGUUCGAUUAAGAGGUGUUGUGAAAGUUUUGAAGUAUGGUUUAGUUUCUAAAUGUAGCUUUAUUUGAAGUAUGAUUUAGAUCAUUAUAAAGUGAUUAUGUUCUCUGUUUUUCAUGGGUAUCCUCAUAUGAUCUGUUGGAGUAUUUCAAUUAUUGAGGUUUAUGAAGGAUUAUGUUUGUGCCAUGUUGACUUUACUGUUCAAAAUGCUUGAUCAAAAUGCUUGAGAAGGAUUAUAUGUGUAGAAUCAUAUUAUUUGCAAUUUGAAUUUCUCACCAUUUCUUGUCUUGUAUGCAACCUCUAAAACUAAGUGUUAACCUUUUAAGGAAG